AUGCUUGGUGCACCCAAACUGCCUGAUAGAGAAGGUAUAGAAGUAGUGGUGGUUGCAGCGCUUGCACCGAAAAGUGGAAACGUUGUAGUCGUCGAGGCGGCUGGAAAGCUUGGCAAUGUUGAAGCAUUGGUUGAGGUAGAAGGAGCAGAUGUUGGAAAAAGAGAAGUUGCUGUUGUAGAUGUAGUACCGAACAAGGAAUUCGGCAUAGUGGAAGUUGAGGCUGUAGAGUUUGCACCAAAUAACGACGAAGCAGUAACUGAACUUCCAGUGGCUGCCCCAAAAAGUGGAGUAGUUGUGCCAGGAGCUGCGGCUGUCAGUGGUGCCACGGAGGCUGUGUUUGUGGCAGAACCGAAAAGAGAUGGUGUUACGGACGUUGUUCCUAAACUAUGUGUUGAAGUUGUUGUGCCCGAAAUUGUCCCUGUACUUGGAUGCGAAGGCGCCGUAUUUGUAGCUGAGCCAAAAAGAGAUAUCCCUGAAGCCGGAACACCAACAGAAGAACCGAACACAGAAGUGCCAGUGUUGCUACCCCCGAAUAAUGAUCCAGAUGUUGUUGCAGAUGCGGUUGUACCGAAAGGUCCCGCUGAUGUGCUGCUUGAAGGCCCCAAUAAAGAAGCCGUUGUAGUUGCAGCAGUACCCGCGAAAAAACCUGUCGAUGUCGUUGUUGUUGCUAUUCCUCCCAACAAAGACGAAUUUGCAGUGUUAGUUGAUCCGAACACGCUGCUAGUUGGUGUGGUACUACUUGCUCCAAAUAAUGACGUACCAGUGCUCGACGGUCCACCAAAUGCAGUGGAAGGAAGGGCUGCCGAACCAAAUGAAGAAGUCACGCCUGCUGUAGUUGUCGAAGAACCAAAGAGUCCUGCGCUAGAUGGUGUCGUUAACGCAGAACCAAAAGCGUUCGCAGAUGAUUUUGCUGUACUGGAAGAUGACCCAAAGACACCGCCUGCCGAUGAUGCCGUGGUGACUGAUGAUCCAAACAAAGAGCCACCAGUAGGUUUUGUGCCAAACAAUGACGAUCCACCAGAGGAGGUGGUUGAUGUGGAUCCGAAUAGCGAUGGAGCGGUACUACUGACAUUUGUGUUGGCUCCAAAUAAAGAUGUAGCUGUGGAUUGUCCGCCAGAAAACAGCGACGGCGCUGUUGAGGAGGAAGCUCCAAAAAUUGAUGACGUGGUCGCAGUUGGGAGAGACGAUCCAAAUAAUGAUGACGCAGUGGUGGUCGUACCUUGA